AAGAUGGGAUAGAAUUAAGAGAUAAAAGGAUUUGGUUGAUUUCAUUUCCACUUAAGUAUUACGAAAAAGGCAAAUAUUUGAACAACCCCCUUCGCUAAAAUUAAUGAAUGUAUCUAAUAAAAUGUGUAUUUUGGGAGAGCGACUUUGGAUUGUUUGGUUUAAUUCGGAUGAUGUCAUUCGAGUACAUUGAUAAAAGCUCUUGAAAAAAAUUAGCAUGCGUACCAGGAUGUUUUUGCAAAGUCCCACAUUUUCCCCUAAAUAUUUCAUACAAACAGGUUAGAAACAAAAAGUAUGUAGCUAGCUGCCGGUCUAUCGGUGUCGGUACCAAUGCGAAUUUCGAUAUAAAAGUAGGUAACUGAUAAGGAUAAUUUAGAUAAACACAAACUACCUUAUCACUUUUUAUCUUUCAUAAGAUUAUUGUGUUUUGCGGCACUAUGAAACCGAUGAUCAAAUUCUUAAAAAGUGAUGGUACAUCCCACGGAACUUUUGAGGACGGAGUCCGUGGGUGAGGGCAGUUUUGUCGCACCCGUCGGUGAUUACAAAAAUGAUUUGGAUUGCGGAUUUAAGGCGUUGCCAUGUCUAACGCAGAAAUUGAAUUUGGAAAAGUACGCGAAAUUUGGUGUUUACGUGACAGUGUUGUCUUUGGUUGGUUUCUUUAACGGAGUGGUUCUAAAAUAUUUUCGAGGCACUGCCCAUUUAUGGAGCAAGCAUUACAAUAUCACCGCUGAAAAGAUAGAUCACUUAAUCUACGUGAACGAGAUAUUUGUCGGCGUAUUCGCAUUGGUAGUUGCCUAUUGGGGAAAUAGGAUCCAUAGAGCUACUUGGUUAGGUGCCCUCACUAUUUAUUUGUCAGUUUGCUGCCUUACAUUAGGAGUUCCAGAGAUACAUCAACCCUUUAGCGGAAACGAAACUGACAUAAGUGCCAUAACGGGUAGCGUUUUAUGUAGCGCAUCGACUUUUGCGAAAUUAAUAAACAUUCAGGACACAUUUUACGGAUUUCAAAUAGUUGCCUUCGUAAUCCUAGUAGUAUAUCAAAUGGUAUUCGCCCUGUGCACAGUUUCAUUUUUUUGUCAUGGUUUGACGUAUGUGGACGAUAACGUAUCAUUUAAACAUAGUCCCGGAUUUAUUGGUAAGUUAAAAAAACGAAAUAUAUAUACAAAAACUCGGCGUGUGAAACUGGUUGCAGGAUUGGUCUUGGCCGCUCAAAGACUGGGCAAACAAGUAGGAAUCUACAGUUCUUGGGCUCCGUAUGUUCUCACUUCGGAGAGUAUUUUCGUAUCUCCAGUCUGGCUCACAAUUGCGAUAUUGACGUUUUUCCUGGGCUGCAUCGUGGCCAUGUUUCCGAAAGUUUUACCGAAUGUACUUUUGCGAAAAUCGGUGAUAUCUCUAUUAUCGGUCGCUACGGGCAACACCAUGAAAGAGAACGUAAAACGCCAUGAUGGUUUUUUUAAAAGCGUAUUCCAGUUAAUCAGGAACAAAAUAUUGUUCGUCAACAUAAUAUCGUUAGUGCUGAUGCAAUCGGCUGUCAUAACGUUUACGAUCUUCGAGAAGUUCUUCAGCCAAUCCAGAUACCACGUAUCGAAAUAUAACGAUUCCUCCGGAUACAGCGAUCCCACUUUAAUACAACUCACUACGAACUUGCUAAAACAGCCGUUGAUAGCUAUAUCAUUGCUGACUACAGGGGUGGUUAUAGCGAAAGUACGACCUAGAGCCAAAUACCUCGUUUGCUGGAAUAUAGGCGUAUUUAUCCUUAUGGCGUUGUUCUUUGCCAGUGUGAGAUUUUGGAAGUGCACCAACGAGCUGCAAAGCGAAUUGCGGGAUCGUCUUACCAUCCCCUAUUGCAGCUGGAAUUGUGGAUGCUCGUUGGACGGUCCCUUUCAACCUGUCUGCCUUAAUGGCGAUACAUAUUUCUCACCCUGCUUAGCCGGAUGUUCAUCGUUCGAUACGACUUUUAAAAUUUACGAAAACUGUACGUGUGGUACUACCGGCAGACGAAUAGCUAAGGCCGGUUCUUGUGAUGCCGAUAGUUGUAGCACCAUAUGGGCUAUAGCUCAAGUAAAUAGCGUCUUUUCGUCGGCAUUGUUAGCGACUACCACCUUAACCAGUAUCGUGAUUACCAUGCGUUGCGUUUCUAGUAAACAUAAGGCUUUGGCGCUGGGAAUGUAUUUGAUGCAUCUAGGUUACGUUCCGUAUUUGAUUAUCCGGCCUACGUAUGACGUCAUAGCGGGAAGUUUUUGUCAGUUUUUCGGUAAGACCAGUUGCCAGUUUUAUUCUGAAUCGUUCGCCACGUUCCUGGCAUCGGCUACGUUGGCUCUAAUGGCGGCGGCGAUUAUUUUGUCAGUGGUACUUUUGUUCCUCGUAGGAAAUCUGGAAUUGUAUACUGAUACGAGAUCCAAACCGGAAUCCGAUGUCGAUUUUGGAGUUUUAAGACGAACUGGAGCAAACGCGCAAGCUAUCCAUAAUCCAGAGUCUUCAAACCAAGCUUCGCCAGAUAGCGAAGCUCUAAUUUCAAGACCUAGCGACGUCUUACUGAGAACCAAGCAACAAAGCGAUAGCGGACUGAAUACUUUAGCAAAUCGAUCAAGCAAGGAGGAUAGAAUUAAUGCUUAUUUAAGCGAAGGCGAUUUAGUUCCACCUUUAAAGUCCGGCCUGGUCAGAUCGACAAAAUCGACGUCCAGAACUUCUAAUUCCAACAAUUCCGCGUUGUCGACUGAUUCGUCAUUGUCUGCCAUUGCCAAUAACGUGGGCGACGAUCACGAUUCAGAUUUUUCAACCCUGAAUAGGCCUCAGAGAGUUAAGGAUCUGGAAAGGCACCUUGAAGGCGAAAAUUCUAACGGGUCUAGCCAUAGAUAUCAAGUAAACAGAGCGGCACCAAAGCCACCAGUAGUGAACCAAAUAACAGAAACGGAGUUUUAGCAUAAACUUUUGUAUAUACAGUCAUGACAUUUUGCAUUACUAGCUUGUGGUGAAAGCUCUCUAGCGUCAAACGACCGAGCGUUGUUUCCACUUAAUGAUCAAUAUGAUGAAGAAACCAGAAAAAUAAAAAAAAAUGUCUUACGUGAAAUGUAAGUAUUAAUGAAGUAUUAAGUCGUAUUUUAAGGUCUACAACUAGAUUGGCAUGUUUGUGUUAGGAAAAUGGAGGAAAUUUGUUUUUUGAACCCUUAACUAUAGAACUUUCGAAUACUAUUGGUACUCUUUAAUGGGUUAUAAUUUAAUAUUAAUAAGUAAAUAUGUCUGGACAAUGUUGACAAUCGUUUUCUUCACUUCUACAUUCUGUGCCAUACUUCGUCAACACUGAAUAUAUUUAUUAUAAUGGAAGAGACGUUCCAUCGGUAUCUUUAUCUAAAAUAAAAUAGCUCUCGUUUAUUUUUAACAGCGGUUACUCAACAACAGAUUGAUCAUUAAAUUGACAAAUUUUUGCUAUUUCACUGCAAGCAUUUUUUUUUAAACUUCGAUAUACUUUAGAAGUGUAGAUAAGUUAUUUAUGUAUUUUUUAUGAAGUAAACCUUUUUGGAUGUUGCUUAGUAUUGUAUUUUCUCGAGUAAGAAGUAGAAGUUUCCUUCCUGUUGCGUCUGAACUU